CGGCAUUAAGAACUGCUUCUUUGGCGAAAACAAAAAUAAAAUUUCAAACACCUGUACGCAAUUACUAUCAAGAUCCAAGAAAUAACCACUGUGAACCUGUACUCGAAACUCUCUGGGCAUGUGUGAUUGCGUGGCAUGAGGCUGUUUCACUUCCACAACAUGGCUUCCACAACAAUCUGAUAUUAUAUGGAAAAUGUGCAGAGAUGAACAAGGAGGUUAGGCUUGCGCCUACUGAGUUUGUGUACAAAAUUAAACCACUGGAGCUGAGAAAGUAUGUACAGAAGUUCGUUGAAAUAAUUACAAUUGACGGCGAGAAACUUUCGGGUACAGUAUAUACUAUUGAUCCUGUUUCUGAAAGUGUUGUGCUUAUAACACAGAAGAAUGGAAACACCUGUAUGGAUAUUGUAAUGGGACAUGCAGUCAAAUCUCUUGUCAUAAGUUCGUCUAAUGUUUGUACUGACCCUCAAGAAAUAUUCCCAUCAGUUUCCAUUAAUAUCAGUAAAGAAGAAGUAGAGCUGAGGAAACAAAAAUUAAAAAGUUGGCUAUGUCAGAAUAGAAUUCCAGUUGAAGAAGAUGGUGAACUUCUGCGACUUAAAGACGCUUUACAGAUUCAUCCUCCAUAUGGCAAGGACCAGUGCUUGAGUGGAAAUGAAAUUAUAUUGGGAAGAGUGCAAGAUCUUAUUGGUACAAUGCCUGAUACUGGAGAUAUGUAACUGUAUAAACUGUUGAAGCAUUUGAAAUGCCAUUAAAUUCAACCAAAUAUUGUUGAUUCUAAUUUUA